ACGGCCAUGACGGCCAUGGCGGCCCCGCGGGGCGGAGCGCGGCGGCUGCAGCUGACUCUGGCGCUGCUCAAGCCGGACGCCGUGGCCCAUCCGCUCGUACGCGAGGCCGUGCACGCCGCCAUCCUUCGUCACCGGUUCCUCAUUGUCCGCGCCAAGGAGCUGCGGUGCGGCCCGGAGCAGAGCCGCCGCUUCUACCGGGAGCACGAAGGGCGUUUCUUCUACCAGCGGCUGGUGGAGUUCAUGGCCAGUGGCCCCAUGUGGGCUUACAUCCUGGCCCAUGAGAACGCUGUCCCUCUCUGGAGAUCCCUGAUGGGACCCACUAAAGUGUUCCAAGCCCGACACAGCAACCCAGACUCCAUCCGAGGUUCCUACGGCCUCACGGACACCAGGAACACGACCCAUGGCUCAGACUCACCUGCCUCAGCCAGCAGAGAAAUUGCCUUUUUCUUCCCAGAGUUUGAUGAGCAGCGCUGGUACGAGCAGGAUGAGCCCUGGCUGCGGCGCGGGCAGCUGUACUAUAGCGCCGAGGAGCGCGUGCACCGUGUGCUCGGGGCACAGCAGGCAGAGGUGACCUGAGUUACCCAUGGUAGGGCCCGGUGUGCUGGCCCAGCAGUUCCUGUGGGUGCUCUUGGGGCACCAGACAGAGCUGUGCUGUAUUUCAGGGAAUGGGGAGAGGGAAAGCCUUGUGCACGCUGUGCUGCCUGAAAUUAGGUUGUGCCACCUGGAAUCAGAUUAUUGGUAUAACAGGCAGGUGCUGGGGUGCUGUAGGAAGAAUUCCCCCAGCAGUGCUCUUGCUGACAGUCUGGCCAUGCAGCUCACUGGCCCCCUGAGUGUGUUUGGGUGUGAACAGGACAGGUGAGUUGGUUAAGGGCCGGUUGAAGGAUGGGUUGCUUGUUCCAGAUGGGAUUGGCCUGGGUUUGCUGAUGGAAAGCCUCAGGUUCUCCCUGCUGGCUGUUCCCACAGUGCCUUAGGGAGAAAAGAAUGGAAAAGAGCAUCAAAAAAGGCAUCAGCAGGGUAAGAUGAACUGUCCUGUCCUUGCUCACCUGCAAUUGGGCUGGGAAGUGAGGAGCUUUGCCAAUAGCGCUUCAUGUGAGACCACUUGGAGCCCUCAGUGUCUGUGGCCUGACUGGGCACCAGGGCAGUUCUGUGUCCUUGGGAAAUGGGAUGAACAAGGCCACUGAAUUACCCAGAUACAUGAUGGAAUGAUGACAGGGUGGUGCAGGAGGGCUUAGUUGGGAGGUAGAGAGCCAGGUCCUGACAGGCUGAUUGUGUUUCUCUUUGUGAUGCCGUGUGAG